CAUGUGUAGUCGAACAGAUAUAAAGCAACGCAAUGCAUUUUUGUACCGUUAAAGAGAAUUUCGCUUCUAUAAUCUUUUACAGUAAGUCGCAUCCGAACGGUCCGCCAAUGGAGAAGCAAAAUCUGCGAGCAAGGGUUCACCUGAAAUCGGAAGGAUUUCUACAAAGACGUUGCACGAGCUACCGCAGGUGUUGCGCCAUCCAAUCCACCGCGUAUUGCUGAACCCGAACCGCCCCGGGAAAUCCGGCCGUGCCCAGACCCAGAUAGGCAUGGGGCACGUUGUUCACGGCGACGAUCUCCGAAUCGACGCCCAGGAGGCGCAAUCGCUCGUGGAAUGCCAACGAAUCGUCCAGCAGGGGAUCCCUCGCACCGGCGAAGAGCAGCGCUGGUGGAAACCGCCGCAGGAUUUCGUCGGGGGCGUAACACGGCGAUGCAAGCGGAUGCCUCCUCUCGCGUUCGGAAGAAACAUAGGCGUCCGAGAUUGCGGACAGCAGGGCACUCGGGAGCACCGGGUCCUCUGUCCCGGUGCUUCGAGAACGAGACACUUCCGUGGCAAGGUUGAGUGCGGGACACGAAAGCACGAUGGCGUCCGGCAUUCGCUUGGGACGGUCCCCCCCGCCAUUCAGCGGAGACGACUCGUCGAGGUUGCCGCCCCUGCCUUCGGCCUGGAUGUUGCCCAUUGCCAGUUUCACACAGAGCGCCGCCGCGAGAUUCCCGCCCACGCUUUCCCCCGUGACGAUAAUCGAAUUGGCAUCGAACCCCAGGCUCGUUCCGGUGUUUCCUGUAGCAAGCAAUUUGUAGAUUGCAAAAAUCUGGUUCAAUUGGACGGGGAACUGGUUCUCCGGCAACAACGAGUACUAAACCGAAAAUUGAGUGAGUUGGAUCGGAACGGAACAGACGAAAACUUUUUGACGGCGAUGGGCUUACCUCGGGACAAAUGACAACGGCACCGGUAGACGAGCUCCAGUCUAGCAAGUACGGAAGAUCCGAAGCAAUCGUGUGUGCAAAAAACCCUCCACCGGUCAGGUGCAAAAUCACGUCCCGCUGGUGGUGCUGCCCCUUCGAUCCGACAAUUUUUUUCCGAACAGGAUUUCCCUCGUCCUGGUGUGUCUCCGUUUCGUCUAUUGUGGGCAAUUGGGAAAAAUACCCUAACGAAUUUCGAAACCCUUUCCUCGCUUGGCUUCGGAGUAUACCCGCCAGCUCGGGGGCUGGAUCCUUGGAAAGAACAAAGCAACUGACACCACCCAGAACAAUUCGGUCUGCUACCGAAGCUCCCUUGAUCAUCCUCGAAGCCCGCAAGGUGAGAUUUUUGAGCAAGGGAAGAGAUACCAUGCCCCUGGAAUGAAACGUCAGCCACCGUGAGGACAAGAAAGCGUUGAACAAUCCAUUGGGUAUUUGUGUUAUCCAUUCUUGCUUACCAUGCAUGCCGAAUCAAGUCACACGAAGCAUCGUCGUUCACAAUGGAAGGGGUUGGAGCACCAGUGAUAGUAUAGAAGCAAGCUGCCACUCCCGCAACCAAAGGGAGAAAGAAGGAGUUCGGUUUUUCUUUCGUGCAAUGAACGCCUGCCCCAAUAGAGGCAUAAUAGAUAUCCAUGAAUCGUUUCAAGAUAAAGAAUCGAAUCUCGCCUGUUGAACUCCAGAAAUACGCUUUGAAGUUGUUUUUCUUUGCGCAUUCAAUCAAUAUCCUAGCCUUUCUGUCUGCAUCGAUUGAACCUUUCGGGGUUGCAAUUCGGGGCAACUCAUUUUCUGCGACGACCGUGCUUGGAGAGAAACAACCACGCUCGCGCCCCUUUCGAUCUCCGACAGCGCCAUGAACCAAAUUCCAUCGUUUUGACCAUUCCGAAAGCUCGUUGCUGCUUCGAACGAUUUUGUCCGUCAUCCAGCACGUGUUGAUAAAGUUUCUGAAAAGCACCAAACCGGCUAACGAUCCACCGGCUUUUGUAGCAGCAAGAAGCAAAGAUGUACCAUGGGGAAAAUACAUUGGGAGCACGCGAGGCUUUAUGUGUCUCUCUCCAACACAUUUCCGACCGAGGACACCCGCGAUCAGUCCAACCCCCAAACAACAAAACCCGAUCGAUGAUAGAUUCGAGCUGCCGCGAGACCUUUUGCGUGCAAAGUUUGGGUUUUCGUCUUUUCUCUUCCUGCCAACGGAGUCAGAUGAUAAUUCAUCCAUCCUAUAGCCMGCAAUCACGUAAUGUGCGUCGUCGAUCCGAACCAAUAGGAGCUGCAGAACAACCACCAACUGAAACACAAGCUGGCUGUCAACACUCCGCCCCGUUUUGUUGCGUUGAAAUUGAUGUUCGAGCGGUGGCUCUCGUGGACUUUGGGGUCGCGAUCUUUGUUUGCUUAUAUUCGAUUCGCAAUCCCGCGGUUUCGACGCGUUUGCUUUUCGAGAUGCCUGCUUCAGGUAUUCUAGCGCUCGCAGGAUGUCGCCAUAGUCGUGAAUUCCUUUCGGUUUUUUCACCGACUGCGAUGCGUUUACGACGUAGUCUAUAAUGUGUUUCUCUGCGGCAUAGAGACUGCUUUGGAGCCGGUAGAGGGCUUUAUAUCGACCGGGGAAGAAUUGGAUCUUUGAUAAGGUUGCUUGUAGAUUGUCUUUGCACUCCCGCAAUAAUGGGACUACCUGAAAGAUAUAGUGAGAGGGUUGGCUCAUUUUUCUCGAUCGCGAGUACGAGGUGUGUGUUCCGAUUAUUAUUCAUGCUGGGAAAAUACGUAUCGUACUUUCUAGUGAUGAAGCAUUAAAAAAAUUAGCAAUUG